AUGGAGCGAACGUUAUUUUUACUUCUAGCCUUAACGGCAGGAAUAUGGGCGGGACCCAUAAAUGAUAUAGCACCAGAUGACACAUGCUCAACAACAUGUACAGACUCUACAAAAUUCGGAUAUGAAGCUGGAACUACUUACGACUACGACUACGAUGUGGACACGACCACUCUCAUUCAGGGGGCGUCUGAGGGGAAAUCGGGAAUGAAAAUGACCACCAAAGUUCAAGUUGAAGUUCUGUCAAAGUGUGACCUUGUCCUGAAGGUCAAGAAUGUACAACUUCACGAACGAAACCCCGAAUCACCAGAAAAAUAUGUCCUGUCAGGCAUGUCUGGAGAAUUCAGCAAGCAGUUGGAGGAUAAUUCACUGAGAUUCUCUUUCCAAGAUGGUCGCAUUGAUUCUCUGUGUCCAAGUAAGAGUGAGAAGACCUGGGUCCUCAACAUCAAGCGAGGUAUCCUUUCCCUCAUUCAAAACACAAUGGAAGACCUACAGGUUGAUCAGAGAGUCAAGGAGGCUGACGUGACAGGAACGUGCGAUACCGACUACACAGUGUCUGAAAAUGGAUGGUACACCGUGACCAUUAAGAAGCACAAGAAUCUUUUGGGCUGCACAGAACGCCAAGGAUUCCAAACAGCUCUGCAAGGAACACCAUAUAGAGUUCCAUCGGAAAUCCAGUCUUUGCCUGUCUUGAAGAGUAGUCACUCUUGCCAGCAGGAAAUUAGCAAAUCGGGAAUCCUGAAAGGAUCAACCUGUACAGAACAACAUCUGUUUAGACCAUUUUCACGAGAAUCAAGUGGCGCUAUUACAGAAAGCAGACAGAUACUAAAAUACACAAGCGAGAAACGUGGAGCAUUAUCAGCAAGAUCUGUGAGCAGAAAGACUGGCAUGAACUUUGAGCACUACUCAGAUGUUGCCAGUAGCAUGAAAACUCGCAAUGACAUUGAAAGACAACUGGUCGAUAUUUGCAUCCAAACAAAGGAGGAUAUUCGACACGAAACACCUAGUCUUUUCUCCGACCUUGUGUAUAUCAUGCGAGCAGCCGACUCUCAAACUCUGAAUAACGUUUAUUCAAACAUACAGAGUGGAACACUCUGCAGCGACAACAACCAGAAAGUCAGAAAGUUUUUCAUGGAUGCAGUUCCCAUGGUCGGAACAUCAGCCUCAGUCGUCAUGCUUACCAAAAUGAUUAGCGACAAUGAGGUGACAGGAAUGGAGGCUGACAUGUGGAUGACAACCUUAGCCUUUAUCCAAAGUCCUUCAAAGGAUAUGAUCAGAGAAGUCCUGCCUCUUCUGAAGAAGAAUGGUAAGGCAUUACUGGCUGUGAGCUCCUUAGUAAACACCUAUUGCAAGAAUACUGCUUGCGAAAAGGAUUUGGACAUCGCUAGUGUCAUUUCCGCUCUGGAGGAUAAAAUUGGAUACGGCUGUUACGUUGAUGAAAACAACAAAGAUAACAUCAUCUUGACGCUUCGCGCUCUUGGAAAUUCUGGUUACAUUAGUUCGGCAACUGCAACACUCAACAGCUGUAUCUCCCGAAAAGACAAUCCAAUUGAAGUACGAAUUGCUGCAAUCGAGACCUUCCGUCGUGCAUCUUGUGAGAAUGACAGAAGUCAGGCUUUGAAAGUUUUUAAUGACAAGGAAGAAGACUCUGAAUUAAGAAUCGCCGCCUAUUUGGCCCUGAUGCAAUGUCCAUCUAAAAGCAUUCUGUCUACAUUUCAAUACGCUCUGGAGAAAGAAGAGGUUAACCAAGUCGGUUCUUUCAUCUGGUCUCAUCUCACAAAUCUGAUGGAAUCCUCCAGUCCAUUGAAACAGGAUAUCAGAUCCAUUAUGGAAAACGAGUACCUGAAAAAAGAAUUUGACAUGGACAAGAGAAAGUUUUCUAGAAACUAUGAAGGAUCCUUCUUUCUCGAAAAAAUUAACACAGGGGCUUCUGUUGAAAGCAAUUUGAUCUGGUCGUCGAAAUCAUUCAUGCCACGAUCACUGAUGACCAAUCUGACAGUAGAUUUGUUCGGAAGAUCUGUUAACAUUCUGGAAAUAGGAGGAAGAAUUGAAGGUCUGGAAUUCUUUUUGGAAUCCUACUUUGGACCCAAUGGGUAUUUUACCGAAAAAGAUGUCAAGAAGGCAACCAGCCAGGUGGUUAAAGGAAUUGAUGCCAAGAAAAUGAAGAAAAUUGACAGCCAGUUCGGUAUGGGAAUGGACCAACUGAAAGGAGCUCUGUACAUGCGAAUGUUUGGAAACGAACUAUCAUACAACAGUUUCAAUGGAUUUGAGAGUCUUUUGAGUGGAGACAGUAUCAACAUUCUGGAGAUGUUGAUCAGUAUGUCUAAAAACCAUGACUACUCCUUUACACAGAACAUCAUGUUCUUGGACACUUCUAUGAUUAUUCCAACAAGUGCCGGAUUCCCAUUAAAUUUGACAAUUAACGGAACUGCCACAAUUGACAUGAAAGUCUCCGGAAAGGCUGAUCUCCGAAAACUGGGUACUAGCCCCAGUAGUCUUCUUAUUAGUGGAUUGAUUCAACCAAGUGCUGCAAUCGAGGUCUCAAGUAUGAUGAGUGUUGAUGCUUUCGUGACAAAGAGCGGAUUGAAAAUGGUGUCAACUAUUCACUCCAGCACGAUGUUAAAAGGUCAUUUAGAAUUGAAAGAUGGGAAGAUUUUCAAUGCCAAUUUGGACAUGCCAAAAGACAAAAUGGAAAUUUUUAGCCUGAAAACUGCAUUCUUUACUGUUCACCGAGAUGCUGAAAAAGAACAAAAAAUGAUCACAAAAAAUAGGAAGACUCACAAAACAUGCACUGGAUCCUAUCUUUCUAAAAUCACUGGCUUGAAAUUGUGCGGAGAAAUUCAAUUUCCGAAUGCAUCUCUUGAGGUCAACGCCCCGUACUUCCCUCUGACUGGACCAGUGAAUAUUGAUCUAUCCCUGUUGAAAGUUGAUUCACACAAGUCAUAUAAUGUAGAGGCUAGAUUUACCUCGAGCAAGAAAGAAGUUAACAUCCGUAUGGCUUUUGACACACCAGGAUCACGAGUUGACAGGGCUCUUUCCGCAGAAUUUCUUCUGAACAAAGCGGACCCUAAAAUUCAGCUUGGUUUACAGUCACCAUGGAGUAAAUACGCCUUUACAGGUAAACUCCAGAAUGAAAAAAAUCUGAAACAUGUUAGUGGAAAAUUCGUCCACAAUAAGAGGGAAUACUUAGUAGUUGCAGAACUGGCAAAAAAGAGGAAGGGUAACUCUUAUACUUACACACCUAAUGUGGAGAUAUCUGCUCCCAAAAUGAAACCCAUCCAACUGAAAGGAGGAAUCAACUACGAAGGAAUGAAACUUUUAGACGCUAAUUUGGUUUUAAGCGGAGUAUCCAAACAACCAAUUAUGACUUCAGUAAAUUAUGCUAAAAAACGCGUCGUGGUGUUAGCUAAAGCAAGUAUCAGCUUUGAGAAGAAGAAAGAAUACGUGAUUGAGUCCAGAGUUCAGACGUAUGCUACUAAGAAAGCUGCUAAUUAUAGACCAUAUCUAUCCAUCAAAACACCUGAAAAAGAACUUGUAAGCUUUGGUGGUUCAGCUGAAUACAAGAGCGGAAAGGCAUUAAAGGUGGAUUUAACCGUUGAUCGUAUCGUUUCAAAACCCCUGAAAUUCUUUGUCCAACUGAGAGAUGCAAGUAACAAAAAGAGUACAGGAAUACGAUCCAAAAUAGACAUCAAAUCCCCCGUUUUAACAACAAAAUCAACUUCCAUGUUCAUGUUGAAAAAUAAGAAAAUAGCAAUAGUUCGGUCAACACUUGAGUACGUUAUUUCUCGUGUCAAUAGAGACAAGGUCACUCUAAAUGGAAAACUCAAUAUUGCCAACACGAAGAGCCUCUAUGCUGCGAAAGGAAACAUGAUUCUGGGCUUCAAACAGCAAUCUGACUGCAAUCUCAACGUCAACUUCGAUAUCAGCAAGAACUGGAAACACUCCGAGGCCACUGUUGUUGUCCAGUACGGAGCAAACAAGAAAGAUAGAAAGAAGCGCAUCGAGAUUGCUACUGCAAUGAAUCACGUUCUGAAUUGGAAACAGAAGUUCAAUCUCGAUACCAACACCAAAUUCAUUUUCCCGUACCUUGAUGUGAACUAUCAAAUGAAAGCAAAGCAUGUGCAGACUUCCAAAUCCGUUGACUCUUCCUUUGAUGUCCUCUUUGGCAAGAAAUCCUCCUACAGUGCUUCUUUGGAGCUUAAGGACAAAUCCAAGAAAUUUAGAAGUCUGGUAGCUAAACUAGGCAUUUCUAUUCCAGACAGAGAUAUCGUCAUCAGUAAUGUCUUUGAUCAAACCAAUGCCAAGAAAUGCAGCAACGUAAUUACAAUUCAAUUGGAAAAUGGAAAGAAAUGCGUCAUCCAAACAAAGGUGCGCCACAUUGCAACAAAGGAAUACGACAUCUUGACCUCUUUCAACAUUCCCUCCUACAAAAUGCUUACUGUCUCAGGACAGUACAGACUCAUUCCUACAAAUCUACACACUAACUCUGAAGUCCAAUAUGGCAAAACAAAAUAUGCAGUUUCCCUGUCAUCCCUGGUCCGUCCUGGAUCUCGCAUCCAGCUGACAGCUGAUAUCGAACAUCCAGUCCGCAAAAUCACGGCGGAGUUCGACACUCGAAUGAAAGCACCUGUGUACUCAAGCAAAUUGGAUGUUAAAUGGGAUGCAUAUAAAGACUCUUCAAAACAACUGAUGCUAAAAGGAGACAUUAUGUUUGAAGGAGUCGAGAACUUGGAAGCUACAAUUUCAAAAGUAAGUCCUCUAGGAUCGGGCAGUAUUAAUCUUAAACAUCAGAGUGGAGGUAAAUAUACUACCCAUGCCCAUGCUCAGUGGAAUAAGAAAAGAGUUUCCGUAGACUCCAUGUUUGGUAAGGAAAAGAAUGGUUACAAAGCUGGUCUGAAGAUUGAAUCUCCAUUCAAAGACUAUAAAUCCAUUAAUAUUAAUGUUUGUCACCAAUUGGAUAAAACCCAGUAUUCAACAAACAUAGAAAUUGAUUGGAAACCAAUAGAGCGCAUGUCCUCCACCCUCUACGUGAAACGCCCUUUGCAAUGGGACAAUUUUGAAGCAAGUCUUGAUCUUAAAACACCAGUUCCAGGAUUUGAAAGAUCUGGAGUUGAACUGAAACACAAAAGGGCCGAACGAAUUGAAAGCAUGAUCAAAUUGUCUUGGAACAAGGAUUUCCUUCAGGCGAAUAUGCUUACUGCUGAUAAAACUACCGCUUCUUCUAGAGAUAUCAUAGGAAGAUUGAGUAUGAAAUCAACUCUGCAACAAAUAACAUAUUUUUACCUUGCUGCAAAACAUGAAGACAACGGGCAGAGGUUUGAAAAUAGCAUUAACUUCGAGCACAACGGAAACGCUUACAACUACCUUGGACAAUUAACACAUCUUCAAAAUGGAUGGAAUUUGCAGAACAGUGGAAGUGUCAAGCUAAGCUCUCCAUCAAGACAAAUAGAAUCCUCCUGGUAUCACAGAAACACAUUUAAAGAGAUCCAAUCCACUUUCAAAUUUGGAUCCGAUGGUACUGUCGUUGAUUUCAGUGUGAAUGCAAAGCAGAGCAUGUCAAUUCCACGUGGAACACUGACUUUCGAAACAAUUUUGCGUUCCCCAUUCAGAAUUGCUGAAGACAUUGUUCUGACAAUUUCGCAUGAACACGGAGUUGGAAUGAUCGAUAACCAGAUUAAUUACAGUAAGAAAGGAAGGAAAAUCAUCUCUCUGGUGAACAUCUAUAAACGAAACAACGGAAUUGCUACAUCAAGUCAUACUUUUUCAUGUCAUGAAGACACUAAGAGCCUGUCAAUAUCCUCUCAAUAUGAACACUAUCCUCUAACAGGUAAAGUUGAAUAUCUUUCUAACAAGAAAUCCCUUGGUAUGAUAGAUGGACAUUUCGAUUUCCUUCCAACUGGAUUGAUGAGCGGAAGAGCCCAAAUAAAAAGUCAGAUACCUGGACUACAAAAGUUGAAGCUUAGCAUAGAACAGUCCAACGAGAGAGGUGAAACUGUUACAAGAUCAUCCAUCGUCCUUCCAUCAGGAGACUCCAUCACGAUGGAAAAUCGUGGACAAUGGAGUAGCAAGAAAAGUUUUAACACUGUUUUAACCACAACACAUAGACAUUUUCGCAAAAUGACCAUUGGUGCCGAAUUUUCAGGCAAUGUCAAAUCAUUCCAUACCAGUGCUAACUUAAUGAUCGAUCCCCUAGUUGGAGCUAUGUCCGUUACAUCUCGGUGGAAUUCAUAUGGUGGAAUAAUAGCAAACAUCCAGGUCAAAACCCCAUUUGAGCAGUAUAAACAAAGCAGUGUCGCAUUUACAUAUAAUGACCAGAAGGCAAACAAGGUUACCGAAUUGAGUGUUGAGUAUCUGCCAGGUAAAACAAUUAAGGUGGAGUCUAUUUUACGCCCAAAUCUUAAAAAUCUUGAAGGCAGUAUUGCUCUCACAACACCCUUCAAGGAGCUUUUAUAUUCUGCAGCAUCGAUUCGUCAUACCGGCAAUAGUCGUAAAUUCCAGUCUCAUGGUGAGAUUGAAUACACCCGGGGAAAGAAAAUCCAAGGAGAUUUAACUUUUUCCAAUGAUAAGAAGUUCGAAGGAACCGUGAUACUAAGAUCUCCCUUUGCAAGAGAUUUCAUUGCUGCAUUCGACCACGAAGGGUCCAUUUCCCAAUUCUCUUCCCAUGCUGAAAUGCAGUACGGAAAAUCAAAGAAAUACGAAAUUACUGGAAAUUAUGGCAAAUCAGCUGGUACCAUUUUGAUUAAAUCUCCACUAUAUGAGGAUAUAGCUGCUUCUUUCAAACAUAUGGGUACCAUAUCGAAUUUCAGCACACAUUUGGAUGCAUUAUAUGGCAGAGGAAAGAAAUAUGAAUUGGAUGCCAAAUAUAGCCAACAAACUGGUAGUGUUAGCAUUAAAUCCCCUUUGUCAGAAUACAUGAGAGCGUCGUUCCAGUAUAAAGGAGAACUGAUAAAUUUUGUAUCCCAGGCCGAAUUCCAGUAUGGCAAAUCCAAGAAAUACGAGGCAAAUGCUAAGCUUUCACUCGCCAAAACAUGGACAGGAUCCCUAUCAUUUGACUCUCCUCUCACUGAUGAUUUUGCAACAUCCUUCUCACAUGCUGGUAAAAUUAGGGACUUCAAACUCACUGCUGAUACAAAAUAUGGUAAACAUAAAGGCUCAAUUACUACAAUAUUCAAAAAUGCAAAGAAGACUAUUGGAUCUUUGGAAUUUAAAUCUUCCUUUGUCGACGAUAUCAUGGCUCAGUUUUCUCACGAAGGCACACUUAAGACUUUCAAUACCAGUGCAUCACUGAAAAAAGGAAGAAAGAUCAUGUAUGAAAUAUCUAUUGCAUUCUCAAACGGAAAGAAAGUAAUUGGAUCAGCUAUACUGAAAACACCAUUUCAUAAAGAUCUAUCAGCAACAUUCAAACACUCCAGAGAUCUUUCAGGCUUUUCAACGACAGGUGCUGUAAAAAUAGACAAGAAAACUCACUUUAAAUUGAAUGCAGAUUUGGUAAAUAAGAAGAGAACUAAAGCAAAAUUUCAGAUUCAAAAUUCAUUCACCGAUACCAUUACACUUACUCUCAUCAAAAAAGGCAAACCAACAAAUAUGAGAGUAAUUACAAACGCACUUAUUGGCAAAGGAAAUAAAUAUACGGCUGAUAUUACCAUGAAACAAGGAUCAACUUCAGUUGUGAAUAUCAAUAUGGCCACCCCAAUACCCGGAUACAGGAAGAUGAAGGGAAUCUGGAAGUUCAGUGGAAGUAAGAGGAGUUUCAAAACAAGCGUUCGUGGUUCAAUUGGAAAAGAAUUCAUCACUGCAGCUAUUAAGAUGUCUCUCCGACCAAAGUUUGAAGCUGAUAUUUACGUUGAAACGCCAUUUAAAGGACUGAAAAAGACAGGUAUCAUCCUUUCUCAUCAAGGGACCCUUCGUGAUUUCAAGUCCCAUGGAGAGGUAACAUUCGGAAAGAAGAAACUAUAUAAUGGAGAUAUUAUGUUCACCAUAGAUCCAAAUAUCGCUGCCUCUAUUGCACUUCAAACUCCAUUCAGGAAUUUGGAAAAUACUGAACUCUCCGUGACACAUGAUUGGUCUUCAAGAAAUUUCAACAACCAAGUAAAUAUCAUGUUCCUGAAUAAAAAAAGAAUUUCCUCGAGUCUGAAAAUGGAUCUUGAGUCUGAUAUUUCAAUUGAGAUGUCAGUCGAAACACCGUUUAAAGAUUACGAAAUACUACAAGGAUCGUUUACUCACAAAGGCACAUGGAAGAAGUUCCGAAUCCAUGCCGAAGGCUCUGAUGGGUCCAACAAGAAAUUUACUGGUGACAUUGACAUGGAGAUGAUUGAUAUCAUCAAAGGAAAUAUGCAGUUGACAACUCCCUUUAGAUUCAUGCAUCUUCUGAAAGGCAGUAUUUCGCAUGUCGGAACAUUAAACAACUUCAGAAGCCAUGCCCAAUUCCAACACAACAACGACAAAUCUGAAAUCGAUAUGAACUUUAGUUCUUUGGUCAAUCUGGAAGGAAGAGUAUUUGUCAAGUCACCAUACAUCAAAACAAUCGAGGGUACCUUUGUUCAUGACAGUUUUCCUAUUCUUACGGCUUCAGCAAUUAAGUACGGAGGUAAAAAUCUUUUGAAUGGAAAAUUAUCGUUAAAGUCCUAUCCUGUGCAGGGAUCUCUCUUUUUAAAUUCGAUGUACACCAAACCUCUGAAAGCCACUAUAAAUCACUCCGGUACACGUAGACGAUUCAACACAGCUGUAGAAAUCACCUAUGGCAAACAGAAUAUCAAAUCUACAACAGAGUUCGACUCAACCCACGACAUCUCCGGCAGAGCAGUAGUAACUACCACAAUAGGAAAAAUCAACAGUGUAUCUGCUUCAUUUUCCCACGCUGGAACAAUAAACAACUUCAAAUGCCAUGCUGAAGCAUCUGCUAAUGGUGAGAAAGUGGAGGGUGACGUGAACUUUAGCAGCCUUGGUCCAAUUGAGGGAACACUGGCCAUACGUACACCAUUUAUUGAUUAUCGAGAGAGUGACUUUUCCUUCCGACAUAAUGGAGGAAUUCGGAAUUUCAACAGCCAUGCCGAUUAUUCACUUGAAGGUCAGAAAUCCGAAGUUGAGUUGACCGUUGACAUCGUCAGAAAAGUAAACAUCAAUGGUUUCAUCAAACGACCAUCUUCAGAUGAUAUCAUUUUUAAACUAAAUCAUGCUGGGUCCGUUCAGAGAUUGAAGAGCGGCACUGAAUUGACUUAUGGUGGGCAGAAGAAAAUCCAAGGAAAGCUUUCCUUUGAAACCGUUCCUUCAUUAACCUUCGAAGCUUCCCUGGAAACAAAAUGUACAGUAGUGAAGAACAUUCAGGUUUCCGUGUCACAAAACGGCACUUCAGAGAAUUUCAAUAUCCAUUCUUCAGGCAGUUUCAACGGUAAGAAAGUGAGAACUGAUUUCGGAUUCGAUCGACGCAGUGGGAUUGAUGGCUUUGUAACUCUGAAAACUCCAUUCAAUGACGAUAUCAAAGUCUUGCUCUAUCACAAUGGACCAAUUACAAACUUUAAAACUGUAGGAGAAGUUUCAUAUAGUGGAAGAAAACAAAUAGAAAUUGAUUCCUCGCUCGAUGUCUUAUCAUCAGUCAGCGGACAAAUGUCUCUGAAAACCCCACUUCGUCAAUUAGAUGAUGUUCAAGCUCAUUUUCGCCAUGAUGGAGAUCUGAACAACUUUAGAUGCACUGGAAAAGUCAAUUUAUCCGGAAAGGAAAUGUUAUCUGCUGAUAUUUCUUACAACGCUAAACCUAUUUCUGGAUCUUUCAACAUCAAAAGCAUUGGUGGAAAACUGUCUGGAGCAUUCAACCAUUCACAGUCAACAAGCUCCAUGAUAUCUCACGCUGAACUGAAUUUCAAUGGGAAAAAUACUCAAGCAGACUUGUCCUAUUCUAAUGAUGGCUUCAGAGAAGGAACUGUAUUGCUAUCGACUCCAUUCGGUGAAACUAUCGGUGCCUCUUUUACUCACAAAAACAAUGAUGGCCAAAUCAAAAGCAGUAUAAACAUGCAUUCAGGAGAGAAGUAUAUCGUAAGUGCAGCUGAAAUUGCUUUUGAUAAUGGAAUUAGUGGAAAAGUUUUGCUCACAACUCCAUUCGAAGGAUUCGAACGACAAUCCAUGUCAGCCAAAUAUACAAGAUUAACGGAUAAUCUAUCUGGAAUUUUUACAAUUAAUUACAAAAAUGGACAAAUAAUUGAAGGUCAAAUGUCAGUAUCUGGAAAGGAUGCCAAGAAAGGCAACUUCAUCAUCACAACACCGUUUGAUGGAUUUAGAAAGUCGAAAGCUGACUUUACUUACUCUCUUUCUUCCUUCGGAUUAAAGACGACAGCUAAAGCUACCUUCCGUCGAAAGAGCAUUUCUGCAGAUCUUAUCUUUGACAAAAGUCCACUUCAAGGCAGUAUCGUGUUGAAAUCUCCUUUCAGUGGGUUUGAGGAAAUUAAAUCGGCUUUUAACCACGUCAGCUCUGGAUGGGGAUUCAAAAACCACGUUGAAGGAACGAUGAGAGGUAAAAUAGUUCAAAUGGAUACCGCCUUUAACAACAAGAACUCUAUAUCUGCAAGUACAACCAUCAAAACUCCAAUACCAGCAAUGAAUAUGUUUUCAGCUUCUUUCAACCAUGAAGUAAAUGCUAAUGGUAUCUCGAGUGUAGCCAAAGUCGAAAUUGAAAAGGAUGAAAUUUCUAUUGAGGCUAUAUUGAACAAAAACCCAAGUUUGACAGGUUCUAUCACGAUCAUAACACCAUAUUCUGGCUAUGAGAAGCAAUCUGCAUCUUUUGUCCUCAGUCAAGAAAUUACUGGCAUGCAAUCAUAUUUCGAGGCUUCAGUUCGUGACAAGAAAAUGGAAGUCGAUGCAAAUCUGAAUUUUCAGGACGGCCAUCUUUCAAUACGGACUCCAUUUGAAGGAUUCAAAACACAAGAUAUACUCUACACUUCAAGUAGCGAGAACCUCCAAGUAAAAGGAACAUUUAGAGGAAAGACUAUUGAACUCAACUCUUCUUUUCUCACCAGAAAUGGAAUACAAGGCAUGGUUUCGUUAAAAACACCUUUCGUAGGAUUCGAAGAACAAACGAUUUCCAUAAAUAACGAGGGAACCCUUCGUGGAUAUAAAACACAUACAGAGGUUACUUUCCAGAGGAAGAAGAUUGAACUUACUGCCAGUCUGAAUAUCGAUACAAUUGUUGAUGGAGAUUUGCAGAUUAUUACUCCAUACAUUGGCUUCGAAAGUCAGAGACUCUCCUUCAGAAGUGAAAGUGGUAAGAUACAUGCCACAGUAUCAGUCAUGCAAGAAACCAUCGAGUUUAACAGUGAGCUCUCAUCCAAUCAAGGAUCUUUAUCUCUUAGAUCGACUCUCAAAGGGUUUAAGAACCAAGGAUUAAGCUUCACAUUUGAUGAUAGGAAAGUCCAUGCAAAGGGCAGCUACGGACAAAAUACAAUUGAAGUUGAUGGCGAACUUUCAGCAAAGAAAGGAAGUAUCUCGAUCAAAGCCCCGUUUACUGAUUUGAAGCAUCAGAGCAUUAAGUUUAUCAAGAAAGGACCAAAAAUUCAAGUGGAAGGAACAUUCAUGCAAAAAACAAUAGAAGUGGAUAUCUCAUUUAGAAACAACAGAAAGAUGGAAGGAAACAUUGCAUUAAGAACACCUUUCUUAGGUUAUCGUGAACAAGAAGUUUUGUUUUCUCUCGAUACUACCGGUGAGGGUUGCCAAACACACGCCGAAGUAUUCUUCAACCAAGAGAAAUCUGAAUUUGAUCUCACUGUCAUUAAUGGAUUAAAGAAGGAAUUUAAAGUAUCUGUGAAAACCCCAUUCAAUGGAUUCAAAGAGCAGGGUUUCAGCAUCGAUAUUGUAAAAUCAUCCAAUGGUCUUCGAGGACAUAGCGAAGGAAACUUUGAUGGAAAGAAAAUUGAAGCCGACAUCACUCUUCAGCUUCAAUCCCAACUUUCAGCUAAUCUCCUCGUAAAGACGCCUUUCACACCUUUCACUGGUUUGGAAUCUACAUCAUUUACAUUGAACAAAGAUGGAGCUUUGAAAAACCUACAAGUGUCCACCAAUCUUGUUUAUGGGUCUUCCCAUGCUAUAUCAGUCUCAUUGCGUAACAUAGUAAGAGAUUCUUCACGCGAACACUCCUUAAAGUUCCAAAGUCCAUACAAUGAUGUAUCUGCUAUGCACACACAGUCGUCAGAUAACGGUCUAUUUCAAUCCCAAACCGACUUUUCCAUUGGAAGUCAAUACAGUUUCAGUCAAACAAAUACUUUGCAAUACAACGAUGCUUCGUUGGUUGACUUGACAGCAACAACUACAUACACCAUAGAUGGAAUAUCUUCCACUACAAUGACCAAAGUACAUCAUGAAGGAACUCUUGGUGACUUCAAGACCGAUUUCUCCACAAGGUAUGGAACUGAGGAUGCAAUUGUAUCAAUGCAAUUCAAAAACACAGACGUCAUUGAAGGUUCACUGUCCGUCAAAUCUCCAGUACAAUACCUUCGUAAUAUUGAUGUUAAAUUUUCACAUACCGGGGACUUUGACCAGUUUACAACAAAUGUUGAUUUCCAGCAUGAAAACACAGGAAAAAUGGAUGGAACACUUACUUUUUUCCGGCAAAACUGGCGUCGCAUCAAUUCUAACUUGGUUAUUAAAACACCAUUCAGCGGAUUUGAGCAAACAAAGCUGUUUGUGAAACAUACAGCAAACAGGAACAGCAUCAAAUCAUUUGUUGAAGUUGGAUACGGUUACGAUAAAAAUAUCCGAGCUUUAGUGAAAGGAUCCCUCAGUCCAAUGGAAGUAGAUCUCUCUUUCAAAUCGCCAUUUGAUGGUAUAAAAAAUCUUCAAGCAACUGUCAAAACUAUCACAUCUGGAGGUAAAUACAACUCCGAAAUGACCUUAUCUAGGCAAAACAGUACAAUGCUUUUGCAGUCUACAAUCGAUCUUGACUCAACACCUAUGUCAUUGGAUGUUGCUUUGUAUACUCCGUUUUCUGGUUUUGAAUCCUCAAAACUGAUUGUCUCUCACAAAGGAAGUCCCCUGGAUUUCACCACUAGUGUAAAUGUACAAACUUCUAUUGGAAAUGCAAAAUCGUAUGCUAACUUCAGAUACAUAUCUGUGUCUGAUAUUGACGGCUCAUUUUCGUUCAUCAGUGAUAUUAGUGGACUUGAAAACGUGAAGUUCAGUGUUAAAAACGAUAGAAAUGGCAAUGAAUACAGAAACCAAAUAAAAGCCUCGUGGAUGAAAGGACAGAACAUUGUGUCCGAUGCAACAUAUUCCACAAGUGAGUCAUGGAGAAUCACCACUCACAAAGCUGGGCUAACAAUCAGCACUCCUUUCAGCAAAUUAAAAAGUCUUAACGUCCGAGGAAGCAAUGAAAAAUCCAGUGACUCUGCCAAGCAAUCCCUCCUUGCCGAAAUUAAUGGUGAAAAAUUACUGGACACAGAAUUUGCUUAUGCUAAAGAUUCAAAACACUCUAUGUCUUUCGUGAUGAGAGAGCCACAACCAAUGAAAUUCCAAGGGGAAACAGAGAUGUCCGAUUCCGUUAAAUUUGCCCUUGUUUCCAUUAACUUGGACACAACAUCGACAGAGAGGCAAGCGAAAUUUGAAACUAAAUAUGUCACCAAUUCUUAUAAUCAGAGAACAGAGGCUAUAGUUAAAUUUUCAACACCAUCCAAAUCCGCUGAAAUCAAGGGAUCAGGAGAAGUGUCAUCUUACCGCAUGUUUUCGUCAUGGGAUAUCCUUAUUGAUGAUUCUCAAGUUUUUGGAUUCGAUGCUGAACAUUCAAUAGUCCACAAUCGAAGCAAUUAUGAAAAUGAAAACAAUCUGAAGCUGAGAUUUCCAGAGAGAAGCAUUGCAUUGUCUGGAUCCUAUCAGAAUAAAUAUGGCAAGAAGUCUGUCGAUGGAUACGUAAUGUGGGAUGCAGACAGAGACACAUCCAAGAAAAUUGGUGCCAAUGCCAGCCUUACUCCUAAAGGAGACUCUCUGCAAGCUGAUGUGUCCUUAGAAAUCCCAAGUAUUGGCAAGGAUGUGAAAUUGGACUCUGAAAUGACCCUGAACCAAGGAAGCGUUGUUUUUGAUGGAAAAACAGAAUUCAAAUAUUCUAAAGACGAAGACAAGACCGUUGUCGUCAACUCCAGAAUUGAGGACAUCUCAAGAGGAUCAAACAAAAACUAUACCUUUAGCUUCGGACUGAGGCACCUUUCAAGCAGUGUUGAUGUUCAAUUUAAAUCACAUGUCGGAAUGUCAGAUGAAAAGUACUCCAGCGGAAUCAAGGUCGACUACCUAACAGCGAAACGCAUCAGUAAGAACUUUGCUCUGAUGGGAGAAAUUGACAGCCUUCGUCGGCAAAUAAACGUUGAGGUGACCUCACCCAUUAAAUCGAUGAUUAUGUCCGGAAAGAUAGAAACCAAACCAUAUAAACUUAGUUUGCGCGACGUGUAUGAUAACACAAAGGAGAUCGACACUCAUAUCACUGUUGACCCUGAAAACAUAUUGCUGGAUGCACAAAUUAACUAUGACAUAGAUAACCCAGCGAAUGUGUUAAACUUCAUUGCUAGGUACGUGAACGACAGUGCCAUUCUUGCUGAGGUGUACCGAGGUGAAAAUUCACGUAGAAUUACAGAUAAUCUCCUAGCAAUGAGAUUGAAUACUUCAAGAAUCCUGCACACUCGUAUUCACUGGAGACCUACCAUGAUCCAGGAUCUCAAAGUAUCUGGACUUGCAAAGAUAGCUUUGAUUAGUAGACAAAUGAACACCGCUUUCUCUGAGACCGCCAAAGCAAUGGGUGAUGAACUGAAUUCCAAAUACAAUUUGAUCCGCCAGGCUGCCAGCGAAGGAUACCUCCCUUAUAGUGAAUUCAUGGGGGAGAUCAUAGCAGAAAUUGAAAGGAACUACCCCAGUAUCGAUAUGACACACAUCAGAUAUAAAAUUAAAAGUUAUCCUUUCGAGUGGCAGAAUUUCCCCGGUAAAGAAACGUACAACGAUUAUGUGGAGGCCAUCAAGGAACGAAUGACACUGAUUGAAUCAAGAGGCAGCAAGAAUUAUGCUGAACUUAUGGAUUUCAUUGAACAACAGUUUGUUGAAUUGUCUGCUGUCAUUGAAAGUUCUAUGAAGAAAUACCAAGCUGCGGUGUCCAAAUUGUCAGGAAACCACCUAUCCGAAUACAUAAAAUCAAAGUACAAUGUAUAUUCAAGAACACUGAGUGAAUUGGAAGUGCCAGAUAUGGCUAGUCAAUAUACAAACGCCAUCUACAAUGCCAGGGACCAAAUCGCUUCUAGAAUGAAUGGACCUGUAUUAAAGACCAUUAAACAGGCUGGGGAUCAAAGUUAUGAACUGGCUAAAAACGCAUACAAAUAUUGGGAAGUGGAAGAAAAUAUCAAAUCUGCCAUGACCAACAUCUUUGAUAUGAUCAAAAAAGACAUUGAGGAGGAGUUUGCGAAUCUCAAGAAUUCCAUUUCCAACCUUCAAAACUCUAGAAUUACUGUUUUUAACCCAAAAUCAGGUGAAAUACAAAUGGACACUUACUUGCCUGUAGCUAUGUCAUCUUUGAAGGAACUUCCUAGAAUAUCAGUCGCCAAGUAUGUCAAUCGAUUCCACUCCUAUGUCCCAAAAUAUUCCAACAAAUGGGGAUCUCUGUCCGAGUACGUUCCCGAUUCUGAUGUUUCUAACUGGAUUCCACCAUUCAGAGCUGUUGCUACUUUGAAUGGCAACCGUGUAACAACUUUUGAUGGUGAGAAGUAUGCUUUUUCUGGGAAAUGUUCAUACGUUCUAGCACGAGACUACACUGAUGGAAAUUUUUCUGUCAUCAUGAAAUACCUCGGAAAAGACCAGAAACAACUCAUCAUCUUGACAGCCACUCAGAAACUACAAAUCGCCCCCAAUGGGAAGCUUCGUUUUGAUGGAAAGAUUGCCAGUACCCCUUACAGAUCUCGUGAAUUAAGUAUGGUUUCAGAAGAGCAGUCGUUGAACGUGUACGGCCGUGGAUUCACCGUCACUUAUAACAUUCCAAGAGAUAAACUUAAACUCGUUGUAAGUGGAUGGUACCACGGAAAAGUAGGUGGACUUUUUGGAAACAACAACAAUGAAGUGUAUGACGACAUGAUGACAUCAUCACGGCGAACAGUAAGCGAUGUGGAUUCGUUCGUUAACAGCUGGGAGGUUGACAGCAAAUGCCGUUAAACUGAAAAAGACUGUUGAUACUAACUUUGAUUCAAUUCCAUGUUUUUGUUAUAUUGAUUUCACGUAAUAAAUACAAUCAAUUCAAGCAGUA